CUUCUGCGAACAUCCAGAAAUCCUCGAUCGACCAUACCAUCUGCACGAUGGCAUUUCCAGGAGGCCCGAUGGGCGGCGGCGCUGGCAACAUGGAUCCGGAGAUGAUUCAACAGCAACAAAUGAUCAAAUUCAUGCAAAACACCAUGGAAUCCUGUCCUGGCAAGACCGUCAUGGCUGGCGGCAUGGGUUUCGCACUCGGCGGCGUCUUCGGCCUCUUCAUGUCCUCGAUGCGAUACGACACACCACUCUCCUCCGGCAUGCCAGGCGGCGUUGGUACCGGCAACAUUCCCUCGAUACCAUUGAAAGAGCAGCUCAAAAUCGGUUUCAAAGAUAUGGGCAAAGCUUCGUUGAGCUCGGCGAAGAACUUCGGAUAUAUUGGUGCGCUGUUCUCGGGGACUGAGUGUGUCAUUGAGGGUUUCAGGGCGAAGAAUGAGCUGAGUAACGGAGUCGCGGCUGGGUGCAUCACAGGCGCGUUUCUGGCGAAAGGAGGUGGUCCGCAGGCUAUGGCUGUGGGUUGCGCGGGAUUUGCGGCGUUCAGUGCUGCGAUUGAUUCGUACAUGAGGAUGGAGUCGGAUGAUAGGGCGGCUGAUCCGAUUAUGUGAGCUGAAAGAUGAGGGCCAAGAUAACAGUACAGAUGAGCUGCUAUGGUCUGGAAGGACGGGCUCUACACUAUGCGACAUACCACGUGGGACCAUGCGACAUAGCAGAUGGAAAGUGCGCAACACCGGGAUUGUCGCCUUUGCUGGCAAUCGAGCGAACGGCAGGAAGACUGGCGCUGCAAGAGCUGCGGAGGCGCGCCGUUCGCCCCAGACCAGCGUUCCAGCAGAACGACAAGGGAACAACUCAACUCAAAUCUCAGCGGUUCCGAAGAAGGCUUGUGUAACGGAAGUGCUCCAAGGCAAGCGUACACUUCGGAAUUCCGCAGGAGUUUCGCAAUACACGCAAUCAAGCACAUACGGUCUGGCGUUGUGCUGGUGCUCUUUGCAGCUCUCAAGAGCUUCAAAUGUACAACAGUAAUGUAUCACUCAAAGACUUGCAGCUUCUGUACUCACUCUGAUUGCCGCCUUUCACUUUCCCGAUAACCAAGUCACAGUUCUUCUGCACUUGCUUGAUGAAAGCACCACCAUUUUCGUGGUAGGCGCCUGCUCCCAUACUGCGUCACCUCUAACCAGUUUCACUCGAAC